CGGUAGUAGCAUCGCAAGCACAAGGUUUUCUCGCCUCGCUCGUUUUCACUGCUGUUCACUGCGUGCGAUCAACGUGCGGAAGCCGGAGAGCAUGAUCGCUCGCAUCUCGUAAUCGGCGCUUCGAAACGUACUUUUUUUUUAAUAUCUACGACGAAACGUGCACUCGAGGGUGUAUAAUUUACUUAGUCUCGUAGAAUUGUUACAUUCGCGCGACCGAGGCACAUCGCCAUCGGGAAAUCGGUUAAAAUAUCGCCGAGCACACUAUCGACGACCCUGUGAUCGUGCCGAUCAUCGGAUCACCCCCAAACCCCACGGCCCGUGCUAUUUUUAAUGUUUUGUACCGAUUGUGGACGUGAGAAUGGUCACUCGAAGCGAGAUGGAUCUUCAAUUUUUAGAUUUACAUGAUUUAACUGACAAAGACAAACAUGAAAUAUUAACCAUCCUUAGAUCUGAAACUACCAGUACUUUAAAACUACCAUGGGAUGCUACAGAAAAUAAUAACAGUAAUGUUAAUCCUGCUAUAGUGACAGAAGUUCCAGCAUUUCACCAACAACAUUGGUAUAAUGCUAUGCCACCAACACAGACUUACUCGCAACAGAUGAUGACACAAUUGUGUAAUGACUGGCAAGCAUCAAUGUACAAUGUUUCUACAAAUGGGCAUAUGCCAUUCGUGUCAGGACUGACAUAUCAUCCUGGAUACAAUCUUGGAGUCGAGAUGCAAGAUGUGAAUUAUGGUAGGGAGAACGGACGUCGCAACAAUCGGAGCAGAGGUAUGAGAAGAGACUACAAUCGGGCAAUUAAUUCCACUAACGAAAUGCAGUCAGGAUACAUGGGCGAUCAGGCGCAAUUUCACCCACAAAUACACCCAAUCAUGUACAUUUACUCCGAUCAUCAUUCCGUUUCUACGCAACAGCACCAGGUAGCUGCUGGACAAAUCUAUUAUCCACCGCCGAUGUAUUCAUCGAUCCUUCAUCCACAUCCGAAUGCACAACCAAUUUCAUCUAAUUCGCACGCACAACCGACUUAUCCUCCAAAUCCGCCGCAGAUGGAGAAAUGUAUGCAACAAUCACAACCUGUGCCAUUGGAACAAUCAAACCAAGAAACCAUAAAACAACCAAUCAUCAAAGUGCAAGAUAAACAUGUACAAAGUACAAACAUCGAUAAACCAAUAUGUCAUCAAGUAGAGGACAACCACAAUUCUUUGCAAACUAAUGUCAUUGCCACCAUUGUAAAUAAUUCUACACCAGAAUCUGUCAAUAUGGACGAAAACACUGCCAAUAAAAAAAUUAUUGCGAGCAGUGAGAACGAUGUAAAAGUACCACACAGUGUUGCAUGGACUGAAAAUUGCAAUGGCAUGCAAAUCGACGUAUGCAUAAGUACUAACAAUGACGUCGAAAUGAAUCAAAGUGGUGAAAUGAACAAGAUAUUUCAAAAUGAAACUGCAUCCAACGUUACAACGAUUGUUACAAAAACUUCGCCUAAAUCUGUCUCUAAGGCAGAGAAAAAUGAAAUAAAUAUUGAGGAGAAUGUUAUAUUAAAAGAUGCCCAAAAUAAUAAUAAUGUUGAACAUAAAAUAUUGAAUGGUUCCGCAGCCACAUCAAAUGACUCAGUCAUGCCAAAAGCUCCAUCGCCCAUGUCUGUAUCAACAUCAUCUACAUCAUCUACGACUACAAUCCCCAGAUCUUAUGCUAGUCUUUUAAAAAAAGAUAGCACUGAAACACAACCACCUACAUCUUGUAAACCGACGAUACAUAUUAUUGAUCAGAAUAAUUUAUCAAAAAUGCCAACUCAAAAGGAAUCGACGAGCCUUAAUUCCACACCAAAGAAUCAAAAUGAUUCAUCUAGCACAUCAAAUGUAGUAAACGAUUAUAAGACCUUACAGAAUGGCAUGUUGCAGAAUUGUUACGAUGAUCCAAAUUCAUAUAGGAUAGGUGAAUUUUUGUCAAGUUAUCAAAUGGAUAAACAAACUGUGAGUUUAUUACCAAGGGGAUUAACCAAUCGUAGUAAUUAUUGUUAUAUUAAUAGUAUUUUGCAAGCUUUACUGGCCUGUCCACCAUUUUAUAAUCUACUCAAAGCUAUGCCGCUUCCUAAAAAUCGGGGCAAGAAUUCUGCUACACCCUUGAUUGAUAACAUGGUCAAGUUUGUUCGCGAGUUUACACCUUUGACAGAGGCUGCUCGCAUGCCUAGAAAAGACAGAGUUCAUAACAAACGAGGAGAAGAUACAGUUAUAGAUAUACAUAGUGGUGUUGCUUUUGAGCCAUCAUAUAUAUAUACAAUGUUAAAGCACACCUCUGCUGCUGGUGCCUUUUCUGUGGAAGGACGGCAGGAAGAUGCAGAAGAGUUCCUAUCAUGUCUUUUAAAUGGUAUAAACGACGAGAUGCUAGAGUUGAUAAAAUUGGUCAGUAAUGAUCAAAAUGCAAUCGCGGAGAAUAAUGUCAAUUGUGGUCAUGAUGAAGAGGAGUGGCAGGUAAUGGGACCAAAAAAUAAAGGUGCUGUCACACGUUGUACAGAGUUUGGAAGAACGCCAUUGUCAGAUAUAUUUCGAGGACAAUUGCGAUCUAGGGUAUCAAGAGCAGGAGAACAACCGACAGAUAACGUACAACCCUUCUUCACGCUACAACUUGAUGUGCAAAAAGCUGAAUCCGUGAAAAAUGCUCUUGAAAUUCUCGUUGGAAAGGACCAGGUAGAAGGAAUGACAUGUAGUAAAACAAGGCAACAGAUAGAAGCAUGGAAACAAGUUACCUUGGAAGAAUUACCUGUUAUUCUUAUAUUACAUUUAAAAUGGUUUGUUUACAAAUUUGACAAAUAUUCCAAUGGAUGCUCAAAAAUAUUGAAGAGCAUGGAAUUUCCUGUAGAUCUAAAAAUUGAUGGCAAAUUUUUAUCACCAAACACUGUGAAAAAGCUAGGACCCAAGCAAAAACAGUACAAAUUAUUCGCAGUUACGUAUCAUGAUGGAAAGGAAGCUACCAAAGGUCAUUACAUCACAGAUGCCUUUCACAUAGGAUAUGGAUCUUGGGUGAGAUAUGAUGACAGUGCAGUGAAGAGUGUUCCAGAGAGUAAUGUAUUGAGGCCCACAUCUCCUCGAGUACCUUAUCUACUUUAUUAUCGAAGAUGUGACACUAUCGGUAAUCAAUUAAGUAGUACUAAAACCCAUUAAGAAAUUUAAUACGAAAACUUGUAUAAAAUUGUUGGCUCUUACACGCAGGACGCGUCAAUGUGUUAUGCAUGCCAAAAAGGCCUCAAAAAGUGGCCCGACGAGGUGAUCACUUUUUGAAGAAUAGCUGCAAAUCGAAUAGCUAUCGCGUCGUUUUUCGAUACGCAUAACGCGUUAACGUGUACAAGAGCUCUAUGUUCCAUAUUUGGAAUGGAAUAUACUAUCUCGCUCACGAAAGUUUUCGUGUAAAUUUUUUGAAAUGGAAUGACAUAAAUCUGUUUUUAUAACUUUGAAGUUCUUGUUGAUAUUUGUAUUUAAAUAGAAAUCUACAAAAAAAAAUUACAGAGAGUUUUUAUAUUAUCCGUAAUAGCAUGGAAAGAAUAAACGUACAUUAAACUCUUAUAGUACUUCCAUGAAAUAUUCCUAUUACGAUUGUUGUUACAAGUUCUAUACAUAUAUAGUUUCCCUAAAAUCAUGGAAUAAAUAUAGCAAAGCUAAGACUCGUCGAGUGUUCCAAUGUGAGUUCACAUUUUUUAGUGGAUCUAUAUAUAAGAGCGUUA